AUUUGUUAAAGCAUUGUGUUAAAUAUUUACACGCAGUGACAUGUUUAUCUCCAGCAGUGCUGUUGUACGCACGUUUUACACGAACACGCGCUGCUCUGUUCACCCAGCCGAGAUUCGCUCUUCCUCUGGUCGACUUGGGCGAUGUCGUCGUACCGUGGGGUCUGGUCGAGCAGUAACAAGGUCCUUCUGUCAUCUGCGUUUAGAGAAUGAGCUCUGACCUGGUCCCGGCCCGCUCCUCCCACUUCCCCGUGGGUCUGCGUUUGUGAGGUUGCCUGGCAACGGGCUGACAUCAGCAGGACGGGACAGGGGUUUUUGCGGAGAGGAGUGAACCCAGCGAUGUCUGAUGCUUGUACACCUUUAAUAAAACCAGGAGGGCACCUGUGUCAUCAUAAGUGAGAACAGAUCGCUUUGCCUCUGGUUGAAGGUCACUUUUACACACAAGACCGUCGCUGGGAUGCCUUCACACUGGACACCCUGAGAGACACGCGGUGUGUUGUCGGGCUUCGGCUCCUGGUGGCCCUUGUUCGCCAGCCCUCGGGAUGCGUGAUGCUGAUCACAGCUCCUCUGUCAUGUUUUCUGUGACAUCACCGAGACACAUGAGGAUGAAUGAAUGAGGCUGUUGUCCGUGUGUGUGUGUGUGUGUGUGUGUGUGUGUGAGAGAGAGAUCUGUGGUUAGGCGCUGGGGCUGUGUGAUUAAUGGCGCUUUAAUGAGCAGCGUACAGGGCAGGGGGUGGUACUUAAGACCCGCUCAUGCUGAGAUGGAGUCAGGAGCUGUUGGAUGAUACUGGCUGGCUGGAGGAGAUAUGAUGCAGCUUUCUGAGCCCUGCUGGGCUGUCAGUGGAGGAGGGGGGAGUUUGCUGAUUGGCUCUCAGUGCGGGGGGAGGGGGUGGUGGACGAGAGGGAGAGAGGGAAAGAGGCGCGAGCGCGCCUUGCAGGAGUGUCGCUGCGAGACGGUAGCCGCACAGUCGACGCGCGAGCCGGGUGGAGGAGCAGGAGGGAACGUCCUGCACCCCGUUGCCCCCAUGAUGAAAGAGGAGGGCAUCCUGGGCCGGCGCCUCUCUGCGUACGGCGGCACGGCCUUGGUCUUCCCGUCCCGGCGGGAUGGUCGCAAACUCAUCCGAAACGCAUCCUUCGGGGGGUACCACGAGCUCCCUCCCGUCCUGCAAGGUUUCGACCGAGGGAAAGAUGACGCAUCGCAGCUCAAAGAAGACCCCUCCCUCUCCAUAUCCAAAAGCAAGUCAGAGUCCAAGCUCUACAACGGCUCGGACAAGGAUGUGUCGGUCAGCGGGAGCAAGCUUACGAAGAAGGAGUCGCUCAAGGUCCAGAAGAAGAACUACCGGGAGGAGAAGAAGCGUGCUACCAAGGAGCUUCUCAGCACCAUCACUGACCCGUCCGUCAUCGUCAUGGCCGACUGGCUGAAGAUUCGAGGCACCCUGAAGAGCUGGACCAAGCUUUGGUGUGUGCUCAAACCGGGGGUGCUGCUAAUAUACAAGACGCACAAAAAUGACCAGUGGGUGGGCACAGUGCUGCUCAAUGCCUGCGAGCUCAUCGAGAGACCCUCCAAGAAAGACGGCUUCUGCUUCAAGCUCUUCCACCCCCUGGAGCAGUCCAUCUGGGCGGUCAAGGGUCCCAAGGGAGAGGCUGUGGGUUCCAUCACGCAGCCUUUACCGAGCAGCCACCUCAUUUUCCGUGCCAUUUCAGAGUCUGACGGCCGGUGCUGGAUGGACGCUCUGGAACUGGCUCUGAAGUGCUCCGGCCUGCUCAAGCGUACCAUGAUCCGUGAGGGCAAAGAGGAGCCGGGCUCCGGCGCCGAACCCUCUCACAUCAACUUCUACAGCCUGCUGCGAGCCAACAACCUGCAGGUCCCCGAGGGCUUCCAGUUCAAUGAUAGUGACAACUUCAAGGAUCCGGACCUGUACUCAGACAAAUCGGACCGGGAAAACGAACAGGAGCACGAGGAGUCGGACAACGACGUGCUGGAGAAGAGCGAGGAGAGCGACAGCGACACGUCGGAGCGACAGGAGGACUCCUACGUGGACCUGGACCCCAAUGAGACGUUGCGGGAGACUCCCUAUGCAGAGCAGUCUCACGAGGAGCUGGGCGAGGCAGGUGAGGCAUCGCAGACAGAAACGAUGUCAGAAGAGAACAAGUCUCUGAUCUGGACCCUGCUGAAACAGGUCAGGCCUGGGAUGGACUUGUCCAAGGUGGUCUUGCCCACCUUCAUCCUGGAGCCGCGCUCUUUCCUGGACAAGCUGUCCGACUACUACUAUCACGCCGACUUCCUGUCCGAGGCUGCUGUGGAGGAGAAUGCCUACAACCGUAUGAAGAAGAUGGUCAAAUGGUAUUUGUCUGGGUUCUACAAGAAGCCAAAGGGCCUGAAGAAGCCGUACAACCCCAUCAUCGGCGAGACGUUCCGGUGCAUGUGGAUCCAUCCUAAGACCAACAGCAAGACCUUCUACAUCUCUGAGCAGGUGUCCCAUCAUCCCCCUGUGUCUGCCUUCUAUGUUAGCAACAGGAAAGAUGGCUUCUGCCUGAGUGGGAGCAUCCUGGCCAAGUCAAAGUUUUACGGCAACUCCUUGUCGGCCAUUCUGGACGGAGAGGCCCGGCUGACCUUUCUCAACCGAGGGGAGGACUACGUCAUGAACAUGCCCUACGCGCACUGCAAAGGCAUCCUAUAUGGCACCAUGACCCUGGAGCUGGCGGGACAGGUCACCGUCACCUGCGAGAAGACGGGCUACAGCGCCCAGCUCGAGUUCAAGCUGAAGCCGUUUUUAGGGAGCAGCGACAGCGCGAACCAGAUUUCGGGGAAAAUCAAGCUUGGCAAAGAGGUGUUGGCGACCCUGGAAGGACACUGGGACAGCGAGGUCUUCAUUACGGACAAGAAGACGUGCGUGGUGGAAACGUUCUGGAACCCCACAGCAGAGCUGCGGAAUAGCCGGUUGAUGCGGUGCACCGUCCCCCUCGAAGAUCAGGGCGACUUUGAGUCGGAGAAACUAUGGCAGCACGUGACGCGGGCCAUCAACAACAAGGACCAGACGAGGGCCACCAACGAGAAGUUCCUGCUGGAGGAGGCGCAGAGGAAGUUGGCACGCGAGCGCAAGGCCAAGUGCGAGGCGUGGAUCCCGGCGCUCUUUGAGCAGGACCCUCUCACAGGGGAAUGGCAUUACCGAUAUGCCGAUACCCGUCCCUGGGACCCCCUGAACGAUCUGAUUCAGUUUGAGAAAGACGGCUGCAUCCAGACUAAAGUGCGCCACCGCACUCCUAUGGUGACGGCUCCCAAGCGUAAGCACCAACAAAACGACCAGCCCAAAAGCCCCGAGAGCGGCUGCUCGUCCCCGGAGCCCGAACGGCCGGACUCUUCCGGCAGCGAAAGACACAAAACGAAGCACGGCGGCCGGUUGCGGAAGAAAGGAACGGACCUCAGCGAACUUCAAAGUGCCAUUGAAUGUAUAAAAGAAACGCAAGAGGACAUUAACAGGAGCAUCACCGCCCUACGCAGCCACGCAGCCACAGCGCAGACACAGCCGGAAAGCAGCUUCCUGCAGCAGCGUGACUACGUCCUCCUCAUCUUCCUCAUCCUUGUACAGAUCAUCGUGAACCUCCUCCUGAAGUAGGGGUUGAACUGCAAGUAAGAGACCCUGAACUUCCACGUGGGGGCAGAGGUGGAGAAGGGGCUAGAAAAGGAGUCAGUGCCUGGAGAUCCCCCCCUCCCCCUCGAAUGAGAAGACGCCUCUCCACACACAGCAGGCGCACUCUGUCACCCCCCCCCCACACCCCGUUAGGGGUCACAAGACCAGUUUUACUUUGUGUUAUUACAGCAGAAGGGCAGCUGUGGCACAGUGUAUGACCUGUCGUGGGAACAAGAACAGCGGCCCACAGCAGAUCUACAGUAGAAAAAUCUCCCCAAAAGAGCGCACUGAACGCCAUCAACAGAACGGCUGGUUUUACUGGUUUUACACCGUUUACAACUGUUUUUACCCUUGUUCUUCUUGCCGUUUGUCUGUUUGGUCCUCUGGAUGCCGUGUUCAAGGAGAAGAAGUGGUCCAACUUGUUUUUUAGUCCUAUGAACAGUUUUAUGUCAGAAACACCGGGGAGGGUUUAAAGCAAACUGCAAAAGAAAACGGAUAAUUGUCAUUUUUAUUGGAUAAUUGCGCUUUUACUAGUAAGUGAAGUGUAGUGUGAGAAGCACACAGGGACGGUACCUCGUUUUCCGCUCCUAGGUGUCUUAUUGUCACCGAGGGGACUGUACAGUUCUACAGCAUUUACCUUUGUCCCCAUGGAGGUUCGAUGUUAUUCUUCAUACCUGACGAAGGGAAAGGAACCACAGUACCACGGUACCACAGUAACUUGUAAACUUAGUACAUGUAUUAGGCUCAGAUAGCAUAUGUACAGCAAGCAUAGUGUGCAUCACAACGCAAUAGGGUUAGAGAUACUAGAGACACACAGGAGGACCAUCUCUCGUACCGCUGCGUCGCUCUGGGCCUCUUGUUCCUCCAAUAAGAUCUAAUCUCAUUUGUUUCUCCUAUUGGUCCUUAGAGCAUCUCUGUUCACUGCAGGAAGACGGUAGAAUGUGGUAUAAAACUUUGUCUUUCAGUGCCUUGUUGGGUGGCCACUUUGUUGGAGGUGAUGGCUGAGUGGGGGCAGCGUGGAGGGCUGGAUGUGCCAUAGCCUUGGAGAGCCCACCCCCUCACGAGAUUGUGGUGGAUCCUCUCACCUGCACAGGGCAGAGGGCACCUUUGUCUUUUGUCAGCAACAGCCUGCCAUCAGAGCCCAGUGUUUGCUUGUUUGUUCGUUUGUUUUAGCGUUUAGGCAGCGCCCCCCCGAGAGGGGGGUCCCUAGUCAGUUGUAUUUUUUAUUUCCAUUUUAUACAGAGCACACGUUCUUCUCAGUGGAGUUGUUUCAAAAACCCAUUUAUAUGUGCUGUGAUAAACUGUCAUGUUACAUCACUUGCCGUAACAACGUGUACAGAAACGUGUGGCGACGGAGCCUUGUCACUCCUCUGAAUAUUUUUACGAGACAUUUGCAAAACUUUGUUUUACUGUUUUCUUUCAUCUAAAUUAUCUGUACCACCAUAUGAAUAAAAAUCGAUACAUUA